AUGGAACAAGCACAGGAUCCAGAGAACGCUGUUAUCCACAAGCAAUUCGAGGAAGCCUGUUCAGAUUUUCAGGUACCUGCAACAAGAGCAGCAGCUGAACAGGUCUUGACUCAGUUUCGUCAAGUGCCCAAGGUGCUUCCAGCAUGUCAAUACAUUCUAGAGCAUGCUUCAAAUGCCAUGGUUCAGUUUCAAAUCUCCUUGGCCAUUGGCGAUGUUGCUGUCAGGGAUUAUACGCUUUACGACAAGGCUGAUCUCUUGAGACUCAAGAAUUUCAUGAUUGAGUUUUGUCUGCAAAGAGAAGAUCUAGUCAAGUAUGUGCGUGAUCAGCUCGUUUUGGCAGUUGCUUUGAUCACUAAACGCAGCUUGUUUGACGUCGGCAAUGAAGACCGUGAAGCCAUUCUUCUCGGUAUCAAGCAACUGCUAGCCAUGGAUGCUGAUAAUGCACAAGUGCUUGGAUUGGCUUUGGCCAACGCACUCGUGGAUCAAUUCUCCAACACCAAAUCAACCACCAUUGGAUUAACAUGGGAACAUCACCACAAUUGCAAGCUCUUUUUUGAAGCCAACCUUCUGCUGCCCCUGUUUGAACAAGUGCUCACCAAACUACACGCCUUCGUAUCGCAUGUACAGCAGCUACCAGACAACAUACCUGCCAUCUUGGUAGAAAUGUUGGUGUUAUUGGAAAAGAUGCUGCAAUGGGAAUUCGAGUCCACCAAUGCUACACCGACACUACCCGGCACAUUUGCAAAGGAAUCUGAUUUGGACGAUUUUGACAGAGACGAUGGACCCUCUGCAGUGAAAAAAACCUACGUUGUGUUUCCCAAAGAGUGGCAGCCAGUGAUUGGCAGCAACGAGGUGUUGUGGUUGUUCUUUAUGGCCUACAACUUGGUACAGGAUGAUGAUGCGUUGGGCCAUCGCUGCAGACAAUGUUUGAUUCAACUGGCUGGAUUUCAGCAAGACUUUUUUGGCGACAAUCAGGAAACCAUCCAAGGUUAUGCUACCACCAUGAUUCAUGGCAUCCGAAAGAUGAUGACAGAUGUUACUGCGUUUGGCACAAGCCCUGAUGCUUUGAGUGAGCAAGGUCCUCAGAUGUUGGGUACCAUCCAAAUGAUUCGUCGCUUGUUGGAGAAUGUGUCGCUGGUCAUCUUAUGUCGCAUUCCUGACUUUUUUGCCUUUUUGAAUGAAGUAGGUUUGAUCACUGUGAGCUGUCUGGGUGGCACGGUGACAGAUGUGGACGAAGGCUGGAUUAGUGAAGCAUGUGAUGAGUGCUUGCAGACCUGGGUUAAGAUGGCCGAUAUUGUUCAGCCCAGUGAUCCUCGUGGAGCAGAUCCCAAGGCGGGAUUGACACCUGAUCAGGCACAACAUUUGACACAAUACAUGACAACGGUGGCUUACCAAGUUGUGGAAACAUACAUCAACACUCGUCUUGAACGUGCAAAACUAGUAUUGGAAGACGAGGAAGAAGAGGACGAAAUUGAUGCAGGAUUCAAGGAUUGGGACACAUUUGCGGAUCAACUCAGCUGUAUUGGCACACUCGGCAGACUCAACCCUCAGCCCACGUUGCAGCGUCUUUUUCAAUUACUCACUGAGCGAUUUGAGAGCUUCAAAGGCUUCUUCACUGCACCCAAUAUCAACGAACAAGAGCUCAUCUUCUUGCAUGAACAGCUUCAUUGGAUUAUUUUGAUUGCAGCACAUGUUUUGGCAGACACUGGCAAGGGAGAACAGCCCAUGAUUCCUGAAUUUUUGAUGCAAUUGAGUGGAUCACAGUCUUUUGAGCAAGAUCAAGUAGUCAACUUGUCGCAAUUGUUCUUGGAAGUGUUUCGAUUCAGCUCUAGUUUCAGUUCUUCAUCUGUGGAAGCAUCCAACUGCAGUCCUCGUGUGGCAGAAACAUUGGUGUGGUACAUGGAGAGAUGGAGCAAGUCGUAUUUGUUGGUGGAUGAGAACGAGUAUGGGUACAUUAGCCCUAACAUUGCAAAAGCCUUUGGCAGACCAGGUCCGUCGGAUGGACAGGGCUUGAGAAUCAUUGAUUUCUUUAUAGAGCAAAUGAAGAUCAACUUUAUCCUCUGGAAUGCUGAUCCCGAUGUGCUUGCUCAGCUUGUGACAUGGCUCGAUACAUGCGGUACCUCCAACAAUCUCAAGAGAGGCUUGUUGCAGUCAGCACAAUUCCCUGAUUUGGUGCAAUUUGUUACUCAAAAUUUGGAGCAACUCCCAGAAGCUAUCCACAACUCACUGAUCCAGACCAUCGCUACCAUCUCAAGUUAUGCCAUUGACGAAACCACCAAAAACAGCUAUUUCGGCCUGAUGUUCAAGAUGAUUGAAGAGAGACUUGGGUCACUGUUGCAUCGACCUGAUUUCCAACAAGUAUAUCAACGUGCUGAAAUCAUCAACCAUGUGAUUGGGGCUUUAGAGAUGUUUGACGGUCUAGCACUAGCAUGCCAGUAUAGCAACACACAAACCAUCUUUCAAUUCUGUGCUCGGUUCUUUGAGAGCUUUGUGCAAUUGAUGUCAGUGUACAAGACGGUGCCUGAAGUGCAGUUGGCCAUUUUGCAGCUGUUUGCUGAUCUGUGCAAUCGACUCGACUUUGGACUAUUAAGCGACAAUGACAAGCAAAUGCUGUUCCAUACCAUCAUUGAGAUUGUCAAGAUCUAUGGUAUCUCCAACCAAAACAAGAAGCGAAUGCACACACAGGAAGAGGAAGAAGACAAGCCUUAUGCUGAUAUUUCGACUGUGUUGAUCAUGCUCUCCAAUAUCAUGUCUUCGGGCAUCGAGGAUUUCAGUAGAAAGGAUGUGGCUGACAAAUCUGAUAUUGCCAAUGUCGUGUUGUUUGGUAUCAAUAUUGUGAUUCCCAUGAUUGACAUGGAAAUGCUCAAGAUUCCAAGCCUGUGUCAACAAUACAUCCAGCUGAUAUCUCACCUGAUAGAAGUCUUCCCUGACAAACUAGCGGGAUUACCUACACCACUGUUCCUCAAUCUAAUGGCCAGCUUAGAAUACGGCAUUCGCCAUGAUAUUGCUGACGUCAAUAUACUCACACUCCAUGCCAUCACGCCUUUAACAAUGUGGUCCUUCCAGCAGCAUGCCAGCGGCAUACCAACAGAUUUCCUCAAAGAGUCGCUACAGAAAUUCCUGCAAGAACUGCUCAAUUGCCUACUAUUCCAACACUUGGAUUCCAACGUCAUUGACGCUGCAUCAGACGCUCUUUUGGCACUGAUUUGCUCGCAACGACAAGUGUACAUGGCACUGGCAAAUCAAAUUAUCUCACAGCAACCCGCCGAUAUUCAGUCCAGAUUGAUGCACGCCUUCCAGAAAUUAGAUCAGGCUACACCCCAACAACCUCAUAGAAAUGUGCCUGAAUUUAAGGAAGCUCUGUUGGCCUUCCUGAUGGAUGUGCGUGCUGUUUUGAGAGUGAAAUAA